UAGUGCGUUAAGGUGUUUCUUUUUGAGUUGAAUUGAUUGGGGUUUUGUUUGUUUUGAACGAUAUGUUUCCGUGAAAGCUAGGUUUUCUUUGUUCUGCUUGACUGUUGAGUAUUGAAUUUGAAUUUGUAGUGGGUAUUGAGGUUUGGUUGUGAAGGUGGCGUUUUAUUACCUUGUUCUCAACUAUUACAAUUCUAAUCUGGUGCAGGGGGUGUGUGUUUCUAAGGAUUUGCAUCAUCAAUUGUCCUUCAAUAAAAUCCCAUGUCCUUUCAAGAAUUUUGAUGGUUGUCGUGGAGGUACUAAUGGUAGAGGUUAUGCUAAAUCUGCAAUACGCCGACACCUCCAUGAUCAACACUUUCCUUCUGAAAGUGAUAAGGAUUUAUGUAGACAUAGGAUUCAGACAAACAGUGAAUGUUUUACUGCUUAGGAAGAGGUUUUGGAAGCUAUGCAGAUGUGGCUCUGCAUCAAAUGUUUGCGCACCUAUGCUUGGAGGAAACCCUGUCGCAAUUUCCGGACCAUACAAUGAUGGAAACGCGGAUUUUCUAAUUCAUGGUGUUGAGAAGCCUCUAUCUACUAGUGAGUCUGGUGCUACAGCUAGUGCUGAAUCUGUCCAGUCUAACGUUACUGCUGACACUACAUGUCUAUCAGUGGAGAUGCUUAAUCAAAUUUUGCAGCAGCAUACUCCAACCAUAGUAAGUAUCCAUCCUUCAUGCAGACUAAAUUUUUCCAGAACCCUCAAGUCAGCAUUAGACAAUGUCAUUGCUAAGCCUAGAGAUUUAUCUGUUUGGCUGCAACUUCUUUUACUCUCUGUUUGUACAUUGAAUCUUUAUGUUCCAAAAUGCUCUGUGGAAGAACGGUCUGGCACAAGAAAGAAACUACAGAUCUCUGCAAUCAACCAAUCAUUUACCAAAUGGGGAGAACCCCAAGGUUGUGCUUUCUUGACUCAGAAGCUUCUUAAUCUUUCUAAUGAUAACAACUGUCGUAAGCUUCCUAAGAAGAAGAAGAUGACUGUGAAUACCAAUAUGCCAGCUUGUUUGAAGAAGUUAAGGACUGGUCAAUUUACUGCUGCGAUCCGUGUUCUUUCCUCUGAUGGUAUUUCUCUUCCUACGCCAGAUACUAUGUACGAAUUGCAGCAGAAACACCCCCAUGCGCCUCCUCCUUCCAUUCCGGCAGAUGACAUCACAACACCCUCAUUAUCUGUGGAUGUUAAAGCUGUGUUGGUCGCAAUCAAAAUAUUUCCUAAAGGUAUAGCUUGUGAGCAUGAUGGUUUAAGAGCUCAACACUUACUCGAUGCACUGAGUGGACCGGCUGCUGCAGUGGUUGAUGAACUGUUGGAGUUCAUGGUUGGGGUUAUCAAUCUGUGGCUUGCAGGCAAUUGUCCCUCUGAACUGGGUGAAUAUAUGUCUAGUGCUCCAUUAACGCCUUUGCUGAAACCUGGAGGUGGUGUAAGGCCAAUUGCGGUGGGUACCAUCUGGAGACGCCUGUGUUCCAAGUUAGCUGCCAAUGCUGUAUGCAAAGAUAUUAUAGCCUAUCUUGGUUCACAUCAAUUUGGGGUGGGAAUACCUUGUGGUGGUGAAGGUAUUAUGCAUGCUGCUAAUAGGUUAUUGGAGUUAAAAGGUACUCACUGCACUCAGACUAUGCUUUUGGUUGAUUUCACAAAUGCUUUUAACUUAGUAGACAGGGCUACAUUGAUUCAUGAGGUUCGGAACCAUUGCCCUAGCAUUUCUAGAUGGGUUGAGUUCUGUUACUCCACACCCGCCAGAUUAUAUUACAACCAACAUAUUCUUUCAUCUGCUUUGGGUGUACAGCAAGGUGACCCACUUGGGCCCCUGUUAUUCUCACUUGCAUUGCAUCCUCUGGUUGUUAAGAUUGCUGCCUAAUGUACAUUAGACCU